CAUGACCAUCGCUGCUACCACUAGUCCAGAUGUAAGUCUCUCUCUCUCUCUCUCUCUCUCUCUCUCUGUUUGCACACUGACUUGUGGUACAUUUAUGGCGAUUGAGUCCAGUUGCAUAAAAGGAGAGAUCAUUUGAAUGUAUACAACCGUAGAUACGAAGGAGACGAGACGACGAUUAGCCCUUCGACUCUUUCUAAUCUACGUCUCAAAUUGGAAUCAUAUGCUGGUAUAGAUAGGGCAACAACCGUAAUACCGGCAAUAUUCAAUGGAACACUUUAUUAUCCAAGCUGGGAUGGAUAUCUCUAUGCAGUAAAAGUUUAUGAUGGUUCUGUUAUUUGGAAAAAGAAUCUGGAAGAACUUCUCUGCGGCCUUAAAUCCGAUACAUUGAGGCACGUUCUUAAUGCGAACAGGACAAUAUCUUUAGCAACUCCAACAGUUGUGGGUGAUAUCCUAAUUGUUGGAACAUAUGGACCGGCUUUUGUUUUUGCCGUCGAUCGAGGAACGGGCGAUCUCAUCUGGUCUACACAGGUUGACAGCCAUCCUGCCAGUGUUAUUUCGAUGUCUGGGACAUAUUACAAUGAAGCAUUUUAUGUUGGAACAUCUUCGAUCGAAGAAGGCUUAAAUGUCAAGAAUUGCUGCACAUUUCAGGGUAGCUUUGCCAAAUUAGAUGCUUGUACAGGUAAGAUUUUGUGGAAGACCAUGAUGUUGCCCGAUAACCACGACAAGACCGGAGAAUAUGCAGGAGCCGCCUUGUGGGGGAGCAGCCCUCCAAUUGAUCCUCGAAGAAAUCUUGUUUACAUUGCCACUGGAAAUCUAUACUCAGCACCUCAACACAUUUUAGAAUGCCAAGAAAGACAGAACAAUGAGACUUCACCUUGGAAAUGUCCAUGUGAAUGCGUUAAGCCUGAUGAUUACUCAGACUCGCUAUUAGCCCUUGAUAUGGACACUGGAAAGAUCAAGUGGUGGAGACAUGAGAUUGGCGGUUAUGAGGAGUAUGUCCUUGCAUGGAUAAAUUCUUUAAACCCCAAAUGCCCAGCUAACGAUUUUGGUGGGGAGCCAAUGAUGCAAGGUAUACAUGUUAAUGGAACCAUACAAGAUACUGUUUUGGCAAGACAAAAAAAUGGGCUUACUUGGAUUCUGGAUCGCAACAAUGGGGAGAUGGUCCGGUAUAUAGUCAAUCAGUCCCCUGCCUUUUAAGCACGACCAAACAUGCUGAAAAUUUUCUAUGUAUCUUAGCUUUCACAUUUCAGAUAUAUAAAAUCCCACAUUGAGUAAAGAACAAAAUUGACUUGUUUAUAUACUACUCUUGAUGUACAACCCUUUAUUACUGUAAAGAGU